AUGGUACCCAAAGACACAAGAAAGUUUGACGAUGAAAAAUCUGACAACAAAAAACAUCGACCACGUCAGAGUGGCCGUAAAGCUGUGAAGAAAAGCUCUCAGGAAUCAGCAAGGGCGAACAAUCCGAAAGCAUUUGCCGUUCAACAUACAACUAAAGCGUCACGCCUAGUACAAAGGACUCUUGAUCACCAGACGAAAAGACACCAUCUAUUACAGUCAAGAUACGUUUCGCAAAUCCCAGCGCCCUAUGUAGUCGUAGUGGUUGGACCGCCAAAGUCUGGCAAAAGCACACUUCUUCGGGGCUUGAUAAAGAAUUUCGCACAUUUGUCGCUCGGUGUUCUUAAGGGUCCAGUAACAGUAGUUGUUGGAAAAAAGGAAAGAUUCACGUUCAUUGAGUGUGGAUGUGACAUAAAUAGCAUGCUGGAUGCAGCUAAGAUUGCCGACGUGGUUUUGUUGCUGGUUAAUGUUCGUGCAGGGCUCGAAAUGUAUCAUUUUGAGUUCAUCAACAUGGUGCAGGCACAUGGUAUGCCAAGAGUCAUCCCUGUUUUGAAUCAUCUGGAUACAUUCAAAGACUCUAGUUCCUCACGUUCACUCCGGAGGAAAAUAAAACAUCGCUUAUGGACCGAUCUAAACUCAAAAAUUUUUCUUCUCUCACGUUUUCAGGCAAAAAAGUAUGCCUCACACACGGCUGAUGGACAAAAUUCAGACAGCACUCCUGGUGAUUAUUUGCUAAAUGAAGUCAGGCGUCUUGGACGUUUAAUAAUGGUUAAAACUCCUCGGCCCUCAGAUUGGCGUAGCUCCCACCCUUAUCUACUGAUCGAUCGUAUAGAAGAUGUUACAGACAACAAGAUUUUGUCUGUUAACAAAGGUGCCGAUCGUUGUGUCAGCCUAUAUGGGUGGGUACGUGGUGCCCCUUUACCACCUGCAUUAACGUCCCCUGGAAUACACAUUGCAGGACUUGGUGAUUUUGCAUUAGCUGAUUGCACUCAACAACCUGAUCCCUGUCCUCUGCCUGGUAGGCCUAAUCAUUCUAAUGACACGGGUAAUGUUAAACCAACGAGACACUUAUCUGAACGAGAUAGAAAGAUAUAUGCCCCAAUGUCUAGUCUUGGUGGUGUUUUAUUUGACCGUGAUGCAACCUACAUCGAUCUUGGAGGGAGUCACUACCUGACUAAUCGUAAAUCUCGACAUGGGAAUAAUAACUCAACAAGUGUCAGUCAGUCCAUGUUAGAUGAAUUACGUGCAACGUUUGAUGAAAUCGGUGGUCUGGAUGAACAAUUGGGCAAAACCCACAAGGUUCGUAUGGUUACUAAUGCACCAUUACUGUCUGCAGACGCUGAUAAUGAUAGUGUAUUGGAAAAGCAUAAUUCAACACAUUCCAGUUUUUCAAAUGAUAUAACAGUAAAAGAUAACGAUGAUGAAGAAAAGGGUACUGAUGGAAUACGUGUAUUCUCUGAAGAGCCUAUUGCGGGGUUUCUUGUACCGGCUGGUUUUCAGGAGAAGGAAUUUCAUAGGAACAAACAAGAUCCAACAGUAUUAAAGAGUGCUCAUAUGAAAGUUAAACAAGUGCUAGACGACAUUGAAUGGAAAUCAACAACGUCUUCUCUAGUUAACUGGAAUCGUUUGGUCUAUGGAAUAAAUAAUGAUGCGAAUGAAGGCUUUCCUAAAAAUUCUGCAGAUUCAGUUGUUGGGGAUCAUGACUUUACUCUUUAUGCAUCAUCUCAUGAUCUGAUUCGUAAUCGUUUCACGACUGGCCAAUGGGGUGAAAAUGAAGAUGCUUGCAAGCUAUUGGAAAAAGAUUUGAAAGCACGUAAAGAGAUAGAAUUAGAUGAGGCUAGGAAACAUGCUAUUGCAUCUGGAAGCCGUGUACAUUAUGCUUCUGAUUUAGAGGAUUCUCAGAGUAUCGAGAUUGAUGAUGAUAAUGAUGAUGUGGAUAUGGAUAGAAGCGAUUCUGAUUCAGACCAAGGUGAUCAAAAUAUUUUCCGUGAUUCAAAUUCUGAGUGUGAAGACGAUCCCAGUGGUGACGUGAAGAAUAUGCCUCAAGAAGCAAAGAAUUUAGAAAGUGAAUAUGAUAAAAAUUUACUGCGACCAACUAAACGUCAGAAAUUACUGGAGAAAAGGGAACGUCAUAAAGCGUUGUUCAAUCAGUUGUAUGAAGCAGCUGGUGGUGGCCCAGAAGCUACUGCAUUCUAUGAUAAACUUGUAGCUGCUCGUGAAGCUCAACAAGCCUUGAAUCAAGAGGUCUUGAAGGGCUUGCCUGAAGAAGUCGCCAGUCGUUUGGAAGGAUUUCCACCUGGAGCUUACGUUCGUAUUGAAAUCAGAGGUGUUCCAUAUCAAUUUAUAACUCGAUUUGAUCCUUCUCAACCAUUGGUUGCUGGUGGUUUGUCCAGUGCUGAAGAGGCGUUCGGUCAUUUACAAAUUCGUUUUCGUACACAUCGCUGGCUUAAACGUGUUCUCCGCUCUAAUGACCCAUUGACAGUCUCUGUUGGCUGGAGGCGGUAUCAGACUGUCAGUGUAUUUUCACAGGAGGAGCAUAACUUACGUAAACGGUUUCUAAAGUAUUCGUUACCUCAUGAACAUUGUUUGGCUACUAUUUAUGGACCAUUGGUACCACCAAAGACUGGGGUUAUUGCUUUCGUCAAUUCUGCAUGGCAGUCAGUGGAUGAUCCAAAAAAUCCUCAUCUCCCUGCUUUUCGUGUCGCUGGCACUGGAACUGUUAUUGAUUCUAAUAAAUCAUUUCAGAUAAUGAAAAAAUUGAAGUUGAUUGGUGAACCGUUCAAGAUAUUCUCAAAGACAGCUUUUAUUCGUGGCAUGUUUAAUAGUGAAUUGGAAGUGAGUAAAAUGAUCGGUUGUCGUAUACAGACUGCAUCGAAAAUACGAGGUUUGGUGAAAGCUGCAUUAACUAACCCGUCGAAUUCGAAACCUGGUGAUUUCCGCGCUACAUUUGAAGCACAAAUUCGAAAGGCUGAUAUAGUUUUUCUAAGAACAUUUUUUGCUGUUGAAUUACCCAACUAUUACAAUCCAGUACUAAAUAGAUUGGUACCCAUUGUUGGUGAGAAGGAUACAAAGUCUGGAGGUUGGCGUCUACUUCGUACUUUAGGCGAACUCAAAUGGGAAGCCGGAAUAAAAACGGAGUGUAACCCGGACUCUCAAUAUAAGCCUAUUAAUCGUCCAGUAUAUGUCCCUGCACCUUUACGUGUACCAACGAAACUGGUUGCAGCUCUUCCAUUUGCACAUAAACCUAAACCAUCUCGUAAAGAAGCGCUAGCUAUGCUUGGUGGUGAUCCUGUGAAGGCUGCAUUAAAUGCUGAACUACCACCACCAGUUAAAACUAUGGAUGAAAUGGAAGCUGAGUCAAGGCAAGAAUUAAUUACACGUCUUCGUCAGUUACAUUCAGAUUUCUUACAACAUCAAAAAGAAAAGAUGAUCAAUCGAGUGACAAAACAUAAAAAGCAGUUGGCCAAAGAGAAUGCUACUAAAGCUGUUAAUGAGCGUAAAAGACGAAAAGAAUACUUUGCACGUAAAUCUGGUGGGAAACGUGCUCGUCUAAUAAAGGGUGGCAAAUAA